AUGGAAGGUGAGGUGCAAGUGCACUGCCUAACUGUAGUUGCCAUCGCAUUGAGUUCCCUAAUCCUUUGUGGAGCUGAUGUCUCACAUUUAUCGAACAGUUACUUGCCACCUGGGCAUGGUGUUUUUGGUAAUGGCUAUUCCGGUGGCUACUCUUCAUAUCCAUCGUACUCGUCUGGCGGUGGUUAUUAUUCAGGAUCUAGCUAUGCCUCGCCCCUGAUUUCAUCCAGUUAUAAGAACUAUGCGGUGCCUCAGUAUAGUACAUAUACGAGUCCUUCGAGAACCUAUUUGCCAGCCAACACUGGCUAUGCUGGCUAUAAUGGUUACUCUGGUCUGGAUACCAAAUAUGCCAGUAACGGUGGUUAUAUCUACUAA